UCUCGGUCACUCCCACUUCAUCGUCCAGAAUUCGGAAUGCGAAUCGGAUAUGCGAUAAUCAUAUGUUGUCAUCAAAAACGCACAUCGACGCGCUACGAUUCAAUCCGCGUUGUUGUCCCCGUCGUUUGUGCAUCGAAUCUGAUCGAGCGACCUAUCGGAUAGUCAUCUCGCUGACUGUUGACAACAGCAGUGGAGUUCUGCUUCCUGCUUCUGUACACGCCUCUGAGACGCUGAGGUACGUCCCACUGCACCUGCAACGUGAUCACCAGACCACGUCGUCAAAGCAGCGAAAGAAUCCAGUUGCCACUCAUCUGUUUCUGUCAGUUUUUUGACUCGAACACGAAACGAUAGAGUGACACUACAGACUGAGGAAUUGAUAACAUGGAUGACUCUUUGUCUGCCAUCGCUAAAGCAAUAGACAAACACAUCGACGGCAAGGCGAAUAAACGGCUCGUCUUCGACGUCUUUCGCUGCGACCGACAUCCGAACGAUGAGACGACCUACAGAGUGCAGAAUGCCAUACUGUCGGCACUGCUCGCACUCGACACUGCCGAGGAUGUGUUGUCGUUCAAAGGGGCGUCGUCGCUCGACUCGCCAGGCGACGACAGACUGACAGCGAUGAGAAGACGGAGACAGAGGGAAGAGAUGAUGAGGAGACAGAGAGACAGGGAGGAUGAAGAGAACGGCAGAGAUGCAUCUUUGUUUACUGACCGAUACGUUGAGUAUCCGUCAGCGAGAUUUUCGUCUUCUACCGCGGCUCGUGCGUAUUUUGGCUGUCGUCACCCGGUGAGCGAAUUUCUGUUUGACAGAGAGUUGGACUGUGAUCCACCCGGCGGAGGUGACAGACCGACGCGCAAGCGGAAACUCUCACGCCGCAUGAUCGAGGCGUACGAAGAUACACACGGCGCAGACUCGAAACGCAACCCCGCGCGGUGCGAAACUCACCCCGACUCGUCGCAUCGACGCAACAGAUUCGACGAUGAGGAAGACGACGAGACGUAUCAACCGACUAGUAGCACUAGGAGACAGAGUUUAGGCGAGUUUACGUGUAGUUGGUGCGACGAGCAAUCGAAAAGUUUCAGCACCGCUUCCGCCUUGUUCAUGCACAUCAAGUACAAACACCCGAAAGUGCGCCUGCCGUUGUAUCAGUGCAAAUUUUGUCCGGCGAAUUUCAAUUUUCAGUUUUGUAUCGAGCGACACGUGCAGAUGAAACACGCGCACGUUGAAACGGUCGGCAGCGCGUAUCGAGUCACGCCGGGCACUGAUGGCGGGGAUUCUAAAACGGGCGCGGGAAAUGGCGGGAAGUCUACGCCCAACCGGCGCGCGUCGCUGACCAAAUCGAAGGAGCAACAGGAUGAUCCGGAUUAUCAAGAGGAGGAGACGGGUGAUACGAAAAACGAAACUGAAACGGCAAAAAUCAAAAGUUCAGGUGGUAAAUGUCCCAAAUGCGAUAAGUCGUUUCACAGCAUCAAGUAUCUCGAAGAGCACAUGGCAGUCAUGCAUUCUCUUCGUCCGCCAAAAUAUAAGUGCCCUGUCUGCUCAAAAGCGUUUACUUGGGUUUCCAACAUGCGUCAGCAUCUCCGUACGAUGCAUCAAGGAGCCAAGAGAAAGAGGGGAACGAGCAGCACGCCAGAGAAGAAAGCGAGCAAGGAUGGCGAUGAGACACCAGUUGUGCCUGGUCAUGAUGCCACUCCAGAUUUGUCUGAUCAGUCGGAUGAUGUAACAUCGUUUGAUUCAAAUCAGAAUCCGGCGUACAAGGCAUCGAUGAUCGAUGAUGACGAUCCAUCUUAUGAUGAUAAGACUGAGAGAGGAGGCUAUGCAUGCAAAGUAUGUAGCAAAGUUUUUGGAACUUUAAGUGGCCGAUGGCGUCACAUGCACAAUAAACACAAUGCUCCCAAGAUGAGACCGGUGACCAAGGACGAAGAAGUUUACUACACAACUGCUGAUAUGGACAUCAAGAAGGGCAUGAUGGUCAAUGGCAAAAUGAAGCUCAAGAAAAUGAGAAAGCGAAUGGAAAGGGAGAGCGACAAGAAGGACAAGCAAAUGAUCAGCGAUCGCUUCAAUUACCGAUGCACUCUUUGCGGAGAAAAAUUUCCAUAUCCGAUAUCACUCUUCAAUCACAUGAAACACGUCCACAAUAGCACGAGUGCAGGAAUUGUUGGCACACCGAAGGACGGAUCAAAUCGAGCCAAGAAAAACCUACCCUCUGCACCCGAUGGAGAAAUGCCACCGCCGCUGCUACCUCAUGAAGUCAUCGUUGGAGACACCAUCAGCAGCAAUCAUAUUAACGAAAACGAGGAAAUAGAGAAAAGUGGCAGCAACAGCGUGCUCCUUCCCACAGUUUCAGAUCAAACAAAAGACUUAGAGGUUGACAAGACAAGAGAUGAGAUUAAGAAAGCGACAGAGUCGGACAGCAUCAGUGGAAGUGACCAGAAUACUAACGAUAUCCUGACUGAUAAUCCAGCCCUGCUUGACUAUCAGGAAGAACAAUACGAGGAUGAAGACAGAGCAGACACAAAAGACUCGUUUGAUUCACAGAUGAACAAUGAAAACGACCUUGACAAGGACGACGACGACGAUGGAGACGACAUUCCUGCAGACAGUGAUCACAUCGAGGAGUUCCCCAGCAGUGGCAGCAGCAGCACUAACCCUCUCGCAACAGAUGAGACAGAAUCGAGUGACUCAGACGACCUCGAUCCAAACAUGCCACAGUUAAUGUGCAACGACGACGAAAUGCAAUACGACUUUGACAGUCCACCGAUGCUCGACGAUUCAACAACUCAAGCCAUGAAAACCAUUUCGGACAGCGGCGGCAUAGACGAGGACAUGGAUGACGACUUGAUGAACAACGAAAAGCAGAACAAGAGUUUAAACCCACGACGACCGAUGGGAACCGGCGACAAAACAUGUGGAACAUGUGGCAGGAGCUACCACUGGGCGGCCGGAUUGUGGAGACACCAAAAGACUACAGGACAUACAGGCACUCUAUAGUACAUAACACUUUCACUUCACACGUUCUUAUAUGGAAAUCCAUUUGCCUGCUUAUGCAUGGAUAUUCCUUUUUCGGGGAUUUCCAGUUGACUGGGAUUGCCAGUACUCACGAGGUUGUUAGUCAGUUGAUGUGACUAGUAUGUACUACUGUACUAUUGUAUAUUGUACUACCCUAUCUGACUGACUAAUGUCAGCUAUCUGCAUGGUUUAUUAACACAAUAAUACGUAAGA